AGUCCAACUAGGGCAUUGCCUUUGACCAGGUCUUUUGCUCUUCAGUCUUCUUGAUGCAAUGUCCAGUGCUGAGUUUGUGGCAGGUUGGCUUGCAGGGGCUGCAGGACUGGCUUUGGGCCACCCGUUCGACACGGUGAAGGUACGGAUACAGACGCAAGCUGGCUACCGGAACAUCUUGGAUUGCAUGGUGCGGACGUACCGCCAUGAAACGUUCCGCGGCUUCUUCAAGGGCAUGAGUUUCCCGCUGCUGAGCGUGGCUGUGGUGAACUCCGUCACCUUCGGGGCCUACGGCAAUGCGCUGCUGUACCUUUGCAACACCCCCUGCCGCGAUCGCCACUCCGACCCGCCCAGCUACGCUCACGUCUUCAUGGCCGGCAGCUUCUCCGGACUGAUGCAAGCUGUGAUCCUGGCUCCGGUGGAUCUUAUCAAAGUCCGUCUGCAGAACCAGAACCACCCGUACGGCCGCAGCAGGGUCGUGCCGGAGGAAGCCCAGCCACGGUACAGGGGCCCCAUGCAUUGCUCCGCCGUCAUCUUUCGGGAGGAGGGCUUCGCCGGCCUGUUCCGCGGCGGCUGGGCCCUGGUGCUGCGAGACACGCCGACCAUGGCUGUGUACUUCCUGGUUUACACAGGUCUCUGCCGGGGGAUGACCACGGAAAGGCAGGAGCCAGGCCCGGUGACGGUUCUCCUCGCUGGCGGCUGCGCUGGGACGGUUUCAUGGGCCUUGGCCACCCCGAUGGAUGUGGUGAAGGCCCGUUUGCAAAUGGACGGGCUGAAGCAGACAGAGUAUCGCGGCGUCCUGGACUGCGUCGUCACCAGCGCCCGGAAGGAGGGGCUGCGGGUCUUCCUGAAGGCGCUUUCUCUGAAUGCCGCCCGUGCUUUCCCAGUCAACGCCGUCACCUUCCUUAGCUACGAGAGCCUGCUCAAAGUCCUCUGCUAAGCAUCACUCUGCGUGUGCGUGGGGGGUGGUCUUCUCCUGUGCCCCUCACCCCCCUCCUCUUGAGGGGCUUUCGCUUCACUCCCGAGCCGCGCAGAGACUUAAGAACCAAAGAAGAGUCGUGAUGCUGGAUCACUCCACGGGUCCAUUUAAUCCAGCACUCUGUUCACACAGUGGCCCACCAGCCAUCGACCACUCUGCCUUCUGAAGCGAGGGCCACUCUCUAGAGCAUUGGUGGGAGACUUCAGGCUAAAUUUGGCUCCUCUGGGGACGGGGGACUUUUGCCCCAAGGUGCUGCCCUCACUGCACUACUGGGUGGGGGUGGGAGGCAUUGAACCUCAUUCAACCUGGGGGCUGGAUUUGAUUUCAGAGCAGCUCUCAGGGCAUGUUAUUCAGCGGUGGGCCAAGGGCCUUGAGCCAAAAUUCAAAACAAUAUGAGCCGAUUCUAGCUUAAAGCUUUUACUGCCACUAA